AUGUAAUAAAAGCAAUUGCACAUCCCUGGUAAGAGAUUAAAACACUACGAAAUAGUGAAGCUAAUUGGAUCAGGGGGAUAUUGCAAAGUCUAUCAUGCUGUUAAUAUCUAAACUUAUGAGAAUGUAGCAAUCAAGGCUGUUGCGAUGUCAACUUUCAAGAAUCACGGAGGAUUGGUUGGUUAACUGCAUGAAACAGAAAAAUAGAACAUGAAACUAGUUAAUAGUAACUACGUUGUUAGAUUCAUCGAGGAUUUCCAAUAAAAUAAAUACUCGUACAUUGUAAUGGAGUAUUGUAACCAGGGUGACAUUGAGAAACCGUGGUUGGAUCAAAAUAAACAUUUUAGCGAAGAAUAAGCCAUUGUGUAUGUGAAACAAAUACUCAGAGGAAUACAAGAUCUACAGAAAUAUAGUGUGAUGCAUCGAGAUAUCAAGAUGAAGAAUAUCCUUUUGCAUAAUGAUUAAAUCAAGUUAGGCGAUCUAGGGUUCAGUAAGUCUAAACGUAAAUUUAUGCAUUUAAAUCCUAUGACCUUGACUAUUGGCAUGCUUGGUUACAUGGCUCCAGAGGUUGUUCAAUCUAAAUAAUACUAAAAUACAGCUGAUAUCUUUAGUUUGGGAUGUUUGUUCUACUUGAUGAUUUAUGGAGAAUUACCUUUCUCAGAUUAGAAUCAUUAAAUCUAUUUGUAUGAAACAAAAAAUAAAAAAAUCACUCAUCAUGGCAACACAACCUCUUAAAAAACAUAGUUCAUUAUAAACUCAAUGUUAGAAUAUGAUCAAGACAAAAGAAUAGGAUGGGCAGAGUUAUAUAAACUAUUUGAUCAAAUGUGA